AUGAAUAUUGGUAGCCAUAUGGGUUUUGGGCACUACAGAAACCCAAGGCAGUCCGACCAGCUUACACGGACCUUUAAUCUUGUCUCGUGGAUAGAAGCGUUUGAAGUUGAAAUUUAUUCUUUCUUUCCCCCAUAUUCCAUUCAAUACCCAGAUAUUCCCCACAAGAACCGUUGGACGAGCCCCAGCUCUCUCCACUCCACCUUCUCUCUCGAUAACAGGCCAAAAACCCUGGCACCAUUGCUCCCUCCCACCCUUUGCACCACCGUCCGACAGCACCACUUCCUCCUCUCCACGCACAUUACUCCUCCACCAGGAAAUCCAACGAGUCGGAAGUUGAAAACUGCUGUUGUUAACAGCAGAAACAGGGAUGUAAAAGCAGGAAAUGAUGAUUUUGUCCGUCCAUUAGAGAAGCAGAACCUUGUUCCAAGAAAGAAACUUCUUGUUCUGGACCUGAAUGGGUUGCUGGUGCAUCGGGUGUACCGGUUCCGUCCCAACACCAACGUUCAAAAUUAUCCUCCUCCUGAUGUGAUUUCUGGACCCUUUCUAGUGUUCACUAGGCCUUUCUGCAGUGAAUUUCUGGAAUUCUGUUUUGAAAGAUUUGAAGUGGGAAUAUGGUCUUCUGCUAGGGAGAGGAGCAUAGACACUAUUUUGAACACUAUAAAAACAGGGCUAAAAGACAAGCUGCUAUUUGUAUGGGACCAGGAGAAAUGCACUGAUUCAGGGUUCAAGAGCUUGGAGAGGAAACGCAAACCCAUCUUCUUAAAAGAGCUGAGGAAAUUAUGGGAGGAUCCCACUCUUCCUUGGUGUUGUGGGCCAUACUCGUCAUCAAACACAUUGUUGAUAGAUGAUGCCCGCUACAAGGCCCUGCUCAAUCCUCCUAAUACUGCAAUUUUCCUCCAAUCAUACAAGGUUGACAACGGGAAUGACACCGUUUUGGAAUCGAAUAGCGAACUGCGGUUAUUCCUGGACGGUCUUAGUGAAGCUGAUGAUGUUCCUUCUUACGUAAAAGAGCACCCGAUCGGACAGCCGGCAAUAACUGAUUCUCACGCUGAGUGGGGUUACUAUUCAGAGAUCAUCCGUCAAUUACGUCAGAAGGAGCUUAUAUGGAAAGAAGAUUCGUUUUCAGUUCGAGAUUGUUGGUAAUAGGAAAAUGAAUACCGGAACAAAAAAAAAAGGGGAACAUGAAUACAUGUUUUUUUAAUGCCUGUAAAUUUGGAAUUGGAACACAUACUUGAAAUUUGUUUUUUUUGUUUCUCAAUUUGGAUUGUCGUAUCUUCCCCAUUGUAUGAUAGUAUGAAAAUAGUUGAGCAAAUUGGAUUUACAUGAGGUCAUUGGAUUCCUUUAUUCUCAACAA